GCUCAUCUCCCUUUCUUCAAAACGCUAUUUACCAUUUGUUUUUUCUGUGUUAUUACCAAUGCUAUGUUGCCAGCCACUGAAUGUAGGUUGAACAACUUUGUUUUGAAUUUGUCGUCGUCGUCGCCGUCUUCGUCGAUGGAAGGUGGUGGUAAAAGGUGGGAAAACUGUGUAAUGUGCCAGUUCCGUAUGUGCGUAGCGUACUUUUAGUGGAAUUUUCUUUGACCGAGUGUGACGGAAAUCUUGGGAAGAUAGGGUAACUCUGCCCAAGGCUCUCGCGUUCAGUCACAGUCCCAGUUUCCCGAGAAAAACAACCACCACAAUCUGCGUGAAGACGAUGUCAUUUUUUAGUUCACGCGACCAUGAAGGCUACGUUGGCAGAGAGGAACAUAUGCGAAAGCUCGAAUCUGCCAACUCCGAAGAUGAUACCGAUAUGGUGGAACUGGCACUCGGUGGACUUCACAUCGCGGAAGGCGUACGGCCCACGGCGGGUGGUCCUUUUUCCGCUCUUACACCGUCCAUGUGGCCACAGGACAUUUUGACAAAGUUGGGGCAACCGGAUCCGGACGAACCGCCGAACCAUCAGCCCGACUAUCGUUUCGACGAGUUUGGGUUUCGCGUGGAGGAAGAGGAUGGUCCGGAGCCGAGCUCGAACAAGCUGCUGAGCAUUCCGUUCAUUGAGGAUCCAGCCCAACGUUUGCAAUGGAUUGCGCAUUUAGAGUUCUCGCACAACAAGGAAGCGACCGAGCUAACGUGGGAAAGCGUCGACGUGGUGCUACCCCGCACAGAGAAACUCCGCUCGAUGGUGCGCGCCGGCAUACCACACUCGCUCCGGCCCCAGAUGUGGAUGCGGCUGUCCGGGGCACUGCAGAAGAAGCUCAAAUCCGAAACGAGCUACCAGGAAAUCGUGAAAGCUUCCUCCAACGAUCAGCUAAUGACGUCGAAACAAAUCGAAAAGGAUUUGCUACGGAUCAUGCCCACGAACGCUUGUUUCAGCUCGCUCAAUGGCACUGGCGUGCCGCGGUUGAGGCGCAUCCUGCGUGGAAUCGCCUGGCUCUAUCCGGACAUUGGCUACUGUCAGGGGACGGGCGUCAUAGCGGCAUCGCUGUUGCUACUGCUCGAGGAGGAAGAUGCCUUCUGGAUGAUGGCCACGAUAGUGGAGGAUCUGCUGCCGGCCUCCUACUACUCGUCCACCCUGCUCGGCAUCCAGGCCGAUCAGCGCGUCAUGCAGACGCUUAUCGGCAACUAUCUGACGGCGGUGGACGAAACACUUAAAAGCCACGACAUUGAACUGUCCCUGAUUACGCUCCACUGGUUUCUGACCCUGUUCGCAAGUGUAGUGCACAUGAAGAUACUGCUGCGCAUCUGGGACUGGUUCUUCUACGAUGGGUCGAUCGUGCUGUUCCAGCUGACGCUCGGGCUACUCAAGAUAAAGGAACCGAACGUGAAGAAUCUGGAAAAUUCGGCCCAAAUUUUUAACUCACUCUCUGACCUGCCGGGUGACAUCGACGAUGUGGAACAUCUGUUCGCGGUAUCGCUCGACGUCGGUGGCUCCCUGUCGCCGAUGGUAAUUGAAACGCAUCGUCGCCGUCACCUCGCGUACCUAAUGGCCGAUCAGGGUGGGCUAGUGGGUAAUCCGGAAGCGGCCUCAAACCUUCCCAAACAGCAGCUCGUUCGUCGGCAGAUGAAAAAGUCCAAAUCCAUGCUGCAGACGAUCCUGUUCGGUAAUGGCACCGAAGGGGACGAUGAGCUGAAGUGUAAAAACAUCCGCACUACCGAGCAGCUGGUGGAUCUGCGGGAAGCAAUCCUGAAGGUGGCCCGCCACUUUCUCGCUAUCGAACCGAAGCUGGCAGCGCACAUUAAGCUGGUGGCCGAUUACGGUAUGGAUAGUCACGCGAAGGAUCACGAGAAUUAUAUAAACGUGUCGCGAACACGGAGCCGCCGUGCGAAGGCACUGCACGACUUCGAGCGGCACGAUGACGAUGAGCUGGGCUUCCGGAAGAACGAUAUCAUCACGAUCGUGAGCCAGAAGGAUGAACACUGCUGGGUGGGUGAACUGAACGGGUUGCGCGGUUGGUUUCCGGCCAAAUUCGUGGAACUGCUAGACGAACGUAGCAAACAGUACAGUUGCGCCGGGGACGAUGCAAUCUCGGAGACGGUUACGGAUCUGGUACGGGGCACACUAGCACCAACGGUCAAGCAGGUGCUCGAGCACGGCAUGAAGCGUCCAUCCUUUCUCGGUGGACCGUGCCAUCCGUGGCUAUUCAUCGAGGAGGCAGCAACGCGCGAAGUCGAGAAGGAUUUUGAAUCGGUCUACUCGCGGCUGGUGCUGUGCAAAACCUAUCGUCUCGAUGAGGACGGUAAGGUGCUAACGCCCGAAGAACUGCUGUACCGUUGUGUGCAAUCGGUCAACCAAAGCCACGAUGCGGCACACGCCCAGAUGGACGUGAAACUGCGCUCCCUGAUCUGUCUCGGGUUGAACGAACAGGUGUUGCAUCUGUGGCUGGAAGCACUCUGCAGCUGCACCGAGAUUGUCCAGAAGUGGUACCAACCGUGGAGCUUCGUCUACUCGCCCGGCUGGGUACAGAUCAAGUGCGAGUUGCGCCUGCUGUCGCAGUUUGCUUUCAAUCUUAAUCCAAACUGGGAACUGCCCGCCAAACGGGAAGCCGUCCAAAGUCAACCACUUAAGGAUGGUGUGCGGGAUAUGCUCGUGAAGCAUCAUCUCUUCUCGUGGGAUCUCUAAUGUUCCCUGUCCUCCGGUUGGUUUGUACGCAUAUGUGUGAAGUUAAUGUUUUGUUUUAGUUCGUUUUUGAUUCGUUUUUAAGUUCCGGUACACUAACAAAUGUUUUAUGGCUAUGUUUUAACUAGGUUUGAAUUUUUGCCGCGUCCUACAUUCCCUCCUACACCGAUCCGGUGUUGUUCAUAUAUUCUCAAGUCUGUUUUAUAGUGUAAGAAUUUUAGCCCUUUUUCCGUUGUUCCCCAUCCCGUGAGAAGUUGCUAGAAACUUUGUAAGAUUGUUGAUUUUUGUUACUCAGCUCCUCCCUUUUUUUUAGUCAAUUGCACGGAUUCAUCCGUGUUCAUGUUUUGUUUCCUUAGUUCUCUGUGUGCAAUAACAGUAUUACAACUUAACUCGUACUCCUCUACACCAGGAGAAAGUUCUUUGUGCAAAAAUGAACGUAAUGUGAGAUUUUAAAAUAUCGUUCUACCUAAGAACCUGUUUGAUGUUUAUUUUACGAAUAAUUUUUAAACUAUUUUUAUAACAACUUUUUUUUUAUUAUUAUUAUACAACUAAAAUAACGUGCUUGAUAUGGUGAUUGUGCCCUUGCAGGGAUCAACUCAUAAUCCUCAGAUCGAUCGUCUUCUUUGAUUUUAUUUUGUACUCUUUUUCUGAUCGUUUAGUUGCUAAUCCCGGUUCCUCAAUUACCAAAGGAAAUUGUGUCACUGGUUUGAUCCUAACUUUAGCUUUACCCAAGCACUGCAGAAGACGGCAAAUCCAGAACUAACCUUUCUCGUAGAUAGACGAUAUGCUAUUGAUUAGGUGUGCGUGCGUGUGCGUGUGUUUUAUGUACUAUAACAACGUUAAUGCAAAACCAAACUACAAAGUACAGAGUUCAAAUAUAAAGCGCUUCUCUGCCUUUUAACCUACACCGAGUCAAGAAGCGAAAGCUAACGAAUCAAAUAUAAAUUCAUAUGUAUGGAAAACAUAUUGUACACAAAAAAAUGCCUCUGCAAAUUAUACAAUAGUAAAAGUGAAUAUAAUGUUCCAUAAUGGUUA